CCCCCCGUUGGCCCGUCAGCUGAUCUUGUGUCAUAUAGGAACAGGACACGACCCGAGGAGGUGUGGUGGAGGCUUCGCUGUGUGUGUUUUGACCCUCACAGGCCCCUAGGAAAACAUAAACCAGAGAUGAGAUGACACACAGGAAAACGGAUCUGAGACCGACAUUGGCCAGCAUGUCUUAUGACCGGCUGGGGGAGGAUCCAGGGGGGCAGAGUCUCCACCGUGCCUUGCUACAGCCGGGCACGGAGGAGGAGCUGGUGGUCUUCGGGUACCGCUCCUCGCCCUGCCGCACCGCCCUCUACCACCUCCUCGCCCUGCUCACCCUCGGCGUCCUCUACCUGGUGACCUAUUGGCGCCCGGAGUGGAAGGUUUCGUGGACCACCAGAAAGUGUGAUCUCGCCGAAGCGGAUUGUCUUAUUCUUAUGGAUCGAGAUGGGAAGACACAUGUUGUGGAUGUACGAGUGGAAGAUGUGGAUGCUGGCUUUCCGCAGCAGUAUGUGGUCACCUCCCAGAAUGGAAAUUGUGGAGCCACUGUCAAUGGGGUCUCAGAUUCCACCCACCUGACCCACCCCCCUUUGAGAGUAAUGCGUUACUUUCUCCACCAACACCUGAAGUAUGUUUGGGUGCCGGAGAAGUGUACGUUCCUACGGCUCAAUGGCUAUGACCAGAAUACUCAGAUCAGCACACUACUCACUGAAUUUAGGGGUUACACUGUUCAAGAAGAACUGCAAAGGCAGCAGCUGUAUGGCCUCAAUGUGAUAAGUAUAGAAGUGAGGUCCUACUUCAGCCUCUUGGUGACAGAGGUUCUCAACCCAUUCUACGUCUUUCAAAUUGCCUCCAUAAUGUUGUGGUCCUUCGACAACUACUACCUCUACGCCAGCUGCAUCUUCCUCAUAUCCCUGUUGUCCAUCCUUGUCUCUCUCUAUGAAACGCGCAAGCAAAGUCAGUCUCUGCACGACAUGGUUGAGGCGUCCAACGUCAGCACCGUCUUGGUGUUGCGAACCACACCAGAGAAGACUUCAGUUGAGGUGGAGGUGAACAGCAAGGAGCUGGUGCCUGGUGACGUGGUGGUGGUGCCUCCGGGGGGAUGCACAAUGUCGUGUGAUGCUGUUCUCAUCUCUGGCACUGCUAUUGUGAAUGAGAGCAUGCUGACAGGAGAAAGUGUGCCAGUUACCAAGACUCCCAUUACUGUGUCAGAGGAAGAGGAAGUGUACUCGGCUGAGCACCACAAGAGACACACACUCUUCUGUGGCACGGCCGUCAUUCAGACGAGGUACUAUGGCAGUGCUCAGGUGCUGGCUGUUGUAGUAAGAACAGGCUUCAGCACGGCUAAAGGGGAGUUAGUGCGCUCCAUCCUUUACCCUCGGCCCUUGGACUUCAAGUUUUACAAAGAUGCAAUGAAGUUUAUUAUCUUCCUCUUCUUCAUAGCUUCCAUUGGCAUGUCGUACUCUGUAUACAUUUACACCUUGCAUCAGGAGGGUUUUGUCAAGACUCUGGUCCGUACACUGGACAUAGUAACCAUUGUGGUGCCACCGGCCCUGCCAGCAGCCAUGACAGUGGGUACUUACUACGCUCAGAGCAGGCUAAAGAAGAAAUCAAUAUUCUGCAUAUCUCCGCCUAGGAUAAAUGUUUCUGGCAAGACCAAGUUGGUGUGUUUUGACAAGACUGGAACUCUGACAGAGGAUGGCCUGGAGGUGUGGGGUGUUCUGGAGGCCAAGGGAAGUCUUCUGGGACCGCCUGUUAUGGACGCAUCCACCAUUCAUUACACCUCUCACCUUGUGGCUGGCAUGGCCAGUUGUCACUCCUUGACGUACCUCCAAGGCACGCUGACUGGAGAUCCUCUUGACAUUAAGAUGUUUGAAGCCACCAAAUGGGAGCUGGAGGAGCCUGAUGAGGAAGACACUCACCGAUUUGAUAGCCUGAUUCCCACUCUUGUCCGUCCCCCUCCCUCUUCCCUCUCCUCACCACCUGUCUGUGGGUCUUCUGCACCAUUCUCCCUUUCUUCUGUGCCUUUUUCACUGCCAUCUUGUGUGGACCCAGCACCUCCAUCACCAACACCUUCCCCAGCAUGGGCCUCCAGCUCUGGUAGCAAACUGGAGGGUGGUGGCAGCUUGAGGCAAGGCAGCUUCAGCAAUAAGACUCUGGAGGAACCCUCGCCAGGCUCCACAAACUAUGAUCAAGUAGCACCCACGGUGGUGAAGCCCAGCCACCAAGAGACAUAUGUGGAUCCUCCUCGCAUCGCUGAUGUUCUGGAUACUUCCUUUGAGGUGCCGUAUGAAAUUGGAAUAGUGCGUCAGUUCCCAUUCAGCAGCAGCACCCAGCGCAUGUCAGUCAUUGUGCGAUACCUUGGGCAGCAGCGGAUGGACCUCUAUGCCAAGGGAGCCCCGGAGGUGAUCAUGAGCCUUUGUCGCCCAGAGACGCUGCCUGAUGACUUAGGAACCAUCUUAAACCAGUACACAGUGCAGGGCUUUCGGGUCAUUGCUUUGGCUCAUCGCCGCCUGCGAACAAAGCUGUCCUGGCACGCUGCACAAAGAGUGCCUCGCUCUGAGGUGGAGACUGACCUGGAUUUUGUUGGGCUGCUGGUACUGCAGAAUAUGCUCAAGCCAGAAACAACGCCUGUGAUCCUGCAGCUGGCCAAGGCAAACAUCAGGACUGUCAUGGUUACAGGUGACAACAUCUUGACGGCAAUCAGUGUUGCUCGUGACUGUGGCAUGGUCGGGGCCUCAGACAGAAUGCUGGUGGCCAAGGCUUCACCUCCAACUGAAGACCAGCCGGCAUCCCUCAUCUUUGAGCCGACUGAUGCUCCAGAUGCUAUGACUCAUCAUGCCAGUAAUGGGAAACCUGUGUGUCUGAACCUGGAGUCCAAAUACCACUUUGCUGUAAGUGGGAAAGCCUGGGCUGUGAUAUGUCAGUAUUUCCCUGACUUGGUGCCACGAGUUGUGUCCUGUGGCACUGUCUUUGCUCGAAUGUCCCCAGACCAGAAGGCGCACCUUGUAGAAGAGCUCCAGGCCAUCAACUACAUUGUUGCCAUGUGUGGGGACGGUGCUAAUGACUGUGGGGCCCUGAAAGCAGCACAUGUAGGCAUCUCCUUGUCAGAAGCUGAGGCUAGUGUAGCUGCACCCUUUACUUCCCACAUCAGCAACAUAGAGUGUGUGCCUCAGGUGGUGUGUGAGGGGCGCUGUGCACUCACCACUAAUUUCUCUGUUUUCAAGUACAUGGCCCUCUACAGCAUCAUCCAAUUUGUCUCAGUUCUCAUUCUGUAUUCUGCCUAUUCCAAUCUUACUGAUGCACAGUUCCUUUACAUCGACCUCUUCAUUGUGACUGUUGUUGCAAUCUUCAUGGGCUACACUGGACCCAGCCAAGAACUGGUGCCUGAAAAACCCUUAGGAAGCCUCUUAGGUGCUGCAAAUAUAUUCUCCAUCCUCUCACAGAUUUUUCUAGUUGUCUUCAUUCAAGUAAUUGCAUAUGUUUACCUUCUCCAGCAGUUUUGGUUUAAUCCCAAUGAGCCGGUUAAGGGAGAUGCAGAUAACCUGGUGUGCUGGGAGAGUACCACCAUCUUCUAUGUUUCAAGCUUCCAGUACCUCAUCUUGUGCAUCACCUACUCUCCGGGCAAACCUUUCAGGAAGCCGCUAAUCACAAAUGUAUGGCUGGCAGUGGCACUCCUGGUGCUUGGGACAGCCAAUCUGCUGAUGGUCAUGUCUCCGUGGUCCUGGCUGAUGGACUUCAUGGGGCUCUACCAUGAGACAGACAAACACAUGAUGUUCCGAGUUGCUCUGCUCCUAAUGGUGGCCACACACAUGGUCCUCUCCUACAGCACUGAGCGUUUGGCCAACAGCAGAGUAUUGAAAAGGUGCUUCCAGUGGGUGACCUGCAAGAGGGAGCCUAAAAACAAGUACAAGCUGGUCCUGCAGGACAUGGAGGCAGACCCUAGUUGGCCUCCCGUGUCUGCCGCCCUCCAGGGUUUGUAAGGUUGGUAGGGUUGUCAGGGAGUCUGAGACACAAUCAGGCUGCGUCCACAAAUUGUAGUAUUUUAUAAAUAAUUUUAUUAGUAACGCAAUCUGAAAAGCAAGAUAUUCAGAGAAUUAUCUGUUUUAAUUAUAUCUGUAGUGAAGAUUUUGUUGAUAUAUUAAUUAAUGUUCUUCAAUUUCUUUUUAUACAUUACAUUAUUUUGGAUUUUUAAAAAGGGAAAGAUUAUAUUACUUAUAGAGCAUAACAAACAACUAAGGGAGAUUCAUGAUAUAAGGGUGGAUAUUGAUUUUAAGUGAUUAUUCUUAUAGGUUUCAUGUAAUUCGACUUUUCUGCAUGUUUUAGACAGUAUUGGAAUGGUAUAUAAUAGGCAGACAUUUGCCAUAAAUUCAAACUCAGAAGUAGCGUUUCAUUCGUCCUAGCAAAUUGGCUUUAAACACUCUUAUGUGUCACAGUGUCCAAGGAUUCCUUUUGAACUUCACUACAGAUGAAAAUUUGUGCAACCAAAAUAAUGUAAUUUCGGAGGAGGAUCUCAGGCGUCAUGUGACAUUUAUGUUAUACUUGGUGGCCCUGUUGAUGGAGUGGCUACAACACUUCACAACCAUGAGCUUCUGGGUUUGGAUCAUGGGCUAGACAAAGAAUGUAUGUAUUACUAGUGCAGUAAAAGUCCAUAAAUCCAGUUUGCAGGGGACCAACCUUUGGCUGAGUUAUUGGAGGUGUUGGUGUUGUGGAUGGGCCACAGGUGUGGACAAUUAGAUAGGACUACACCUACAUUUUUAAGUUUUCAUCUGUUCCCUAGCUGCUGAUGAAUUACUGUACAGUGUUCUGAAUUCCUAGGCUUCUCUUGCUGCAUUAUUACAAGAAUCUAUAAUAGAAAUGGCUUAUAUUUCCCACAUUGGAUCUGUGUGAUAAGGAAAGGAAGGAUGAGGAUCAUGUUUUUCCAUGAGCUGAAGAGCAGAUGUCAGCUGAGGCUGCUCCCCUCUCACCCCUCAUGUUAAUAGAUCUGAGUGUUAAGGAAGGUAAGAGAGGAGAAAAAAGCCAGGAAGGAAGUUGGAAUGAAAUGCAGGAUGUGAGUUUGUCCAGGCCAACCAGGUGUUACCAAGCACAUGUCAUAUCUUGAGACACAAAAGGAUACCAUAUUCUAAGCAGAAAAUCUUUGAUAAACAUAUACUGUUUUUGUAUUCGUUAUGGUAAGCUGGAUUGAAUGUUUAUGUAGGGCAAGCUGCCUUUGACUGGGUGCAGUAACAGUACAGUAUGUACAGUAAUGAAGUAUACAUUGUGUUGGUGACAUAAUUUGUUGUCUUGAAAAAAGUGAAUCAAAGCAUGCUUUGAAAUUGAUCAGCUUGUUUUAUAAAGUAAUGAUCCUAUACUACAACCCUUCCUUUCUCCAUCCCACCCUUCUCCCAUACUCCUUCCCGCUCCCUCUCCCUCCUGACCUCCAUCUCUCCCUUGUUCCUUCCUCUGUCCCUCCCUCUCAUAUUCUUCCCCACUCACUCCCUCCUGACCUUCCUCUCUCUCUCGUCCCUUCCACUGUCCCUCCCUCCUUUUCUAACCCCUCCCAUCUGUCCUGUGUUCAGUCAGAGGCAGCAUGCUUAGUUUGAAGUUUCAAUCCAGCUCACAUCUACCAUCCAUCCAAGGGGAAGAAUGGAGCAUCAGGAGGCACAGAUUAUCUCUGGCUGGAUACACACACAAAAAAAAGUGUAAUUGGGCUCGCCAUACUAUGAGUGACUGGAUUAAUGGAUUGUUGCUGUAACAACAUUCAUGUAGAAUACUUGAUCCUCAUCAGAGACAUGAUAAUGCAAAGUGACUGCAGAGGAAUUGUAAUUAAGGUCUAAGAUGUUUAUUGCACAUGGUCAUGAAAAGUUGUUGCACAAAGAGGAACUGUUUUAUGCAGCUUAAUUACUGAUGGAGAAGAUGUCACAAUUGGCUGGAACAAAAGAUAACAUAUGGAUUAGGCGUUUAAGUCAUUAUAGAGAGACUAAUAUCUGAUGACUAGAGGUUUUGGUUCUAAGUAAAUAUAGUGUUCAGUCUAUGAGGAACAAGAAGAGGACUCAAGAAUUUUUAUUAAGUUAAAAAUGCAGCCUUCUCAUGUUAAUGCAUGGCAGAAUCCAGAAUCAUAUGAUUCAAUGAAACCUUUUUAGCGAAGCUGUUAAUAGAAUAGAGAAUUUCUCAAAGUACUCUUGCCUUUAUUUUUAUAUGUGUAUGGAGUCAAUCAGCACAUCUACGAAAUGGAUAUAUAUAUUUUUUUAUAUGUUUAUAUUGGCGUUGGGGAGAGGAGGCUCCUUCGCCCACCACAUGUGUGGUGCAAGAUUCCUCCUCAUUUGCUUGUAUGCACAACACAAGAGGCUGAGGUUUGGGUAUGGGAAUCUCUUACCCUUUCCUGACUUCUCCCUAUAAAAAGUCAAAGACUCGGAAAUAUUAAUUGUGUGCCUCUCCAGGGUCUGGCAUGCCUAGGUAUGCAAAGUAGACUGACUAGUUUACUGUAUGGAAUGUCAAUAAAUUAUAUAUAUAUAUAUAUAUAUAUAUAUAUAUAUAUAUAUACAUAUAUACACACUUCCAAUGUGUGUGUGUGUGUGUGUGUGUGUGUGUGUGUGUGUGAGGGGAGCUGCAAGGUUGCUUAUUCAGUGGGAGGUUUUCUCUUCUGAGUAUAAUGUUUCUUGAGUCUCUGGCCCCUGCCUUGCCUGGCAUUGGGGAAGGGGUUGUCAUCUGUGAUGAUGAUUAUGUAGUCACUUCAUUGCUAAGUUAGCAAUAUGUUAGAUAAUAUAUUAAUAAGUGGUAAGCAUGAAGUUUAUAUAUAUAACACUAAAUCUACCAUUAGCCCUAUUUUCAUUAACAUUGAAGGAACAGUACACCGCUGUGAGUUUCCUUGAUUGCCUUGUGCUGGGAUGACUUUCCUGUGGAUCCUUUGCUUGACUUCAUUCUAGUGUCAUCUCAGUUGCAAAAUUUGUGUCAGAUUUAAUUUUGUCAGAUUUGCAAUGACACUUCUCAUCAUUAACUUCAUGAAUGGAGCAAAAAUAGGAAACAUUUGUGGAUUACAUUAUCAUGAGGUUAAAAUAAAUAGUAAAGUACACAUGGCAGGUGUGGUGUUGCUGGCACUCCCAUAAUAUCAUUAUUAUUCUAUUUGUUGUUACUUGUUCUUUGCACAACAGUUCAUUUAACUUUGACUUUCUAAGUCAUUCAUCUUCAGAACUUCACUUCUUUUGCUGCUGUAUUACAAGAAUCCAUAGUAGAAAUGGCUUAUAAUUUUUAUAUCAAUGCUCUUUUGUGUGUUUUAUCAACAAUUGUUCAUAGAAAUAUAUUCUAUUGAAAAACAGCAAAUAAUAGAAAUAGUAUUGUGUAGUGAUCAUUUGCUUUUAAAAUGUCCAUCUUUGUGGUGCAUGUGAGGUGCCCUUGUGAUUUUGUGGUGCUGCUGCAGAUAAAAAUGGGCACAUUUCAUUGCAGAUCAUCUGUACAUGCUGCAGUGCUAGCCUUUCGGACAACACUCCAUUUGGGUCAUAUUAAUAGUAAAAAAAUGAAAAAAUAUGAAAUACUAUUAUGUAAUGGGGUGAAAAUGUUGAAUGUAAAUAACUCUGUGAUCCACCUCAGUGGCUGGUCUUUUUCUGUCUUAUGAUUUUUUCACUCCGCCUUCCACUCUUUGGAUGUGAAAUAGCAAAUAAUGUGGGUGAUUUUUUAAUGAAAAAGAUCAAAGAAAAUAUCCAUGCCACAGAAGUCAGUCAGAAAUAAACAUCCGAGUUCUUCAGAAGAAUUUUUUGUAUUACAAUGGUAAUGAUAAUUUUAACCAGGUGAAAUGGUGACACACAGUCAUCAAGUCUAAUGUUAUCCUCUCACAACUUAAAUUUUAUGUACCAUGACUACCCUUCUAAUAAGUAUUACGUUUUUUCACAUUUGAAAGGAAUGCUGCUUACUGCAAAAUAAAGCAAUAUAAACUUUUCAUUAA